UUAUAGUCGGAGUCGGGAGUAGGUCUUUUCUCUCAGGAUCCUCGGGAAACGGAGGGUAUUAAUUGGAAAUAAAGAGGACUCAAGAUUUCUGACAUAAAACAAACGUAUAUUUCCGCCCGUGUAACCACGGGAUCACAAUUAUGUAUUCUCUUCCGGGCGACAACGGAAUUCCACCCGAAUCGCUACUCAGCAAUAGCUCUUCGGUAUAAAGCGGUGACUCGCGGACCGCUGACAAAAGGUCCUCGAAUGACUUCUGACGAAGAGGCGAUAGUGACCUCGGUGUGUCCUCGUGGCAUGCGAUCCGCGAUUUCGAUAGCUGCCGAUACCCGUUUACGAGAGAGAGACGCCCUGCUCCCCGCAUUCCGCGGGAAGACCGCUAAACGGCUUCGGCCACCAAUACUCAACACAAAUUUUUGCCAAAGUCUGACAGCCGCCGAUCGGUCCCGCCGCGCAAGUGGUUCAUACAGACAAAGGGCUACCACAGACAGAUACUCUUACACGUUCGCACGCCGGCGGCAGCCUCCCUCGGAAGGAUGUAUAAUUAGCGAUUCAAGAGGGUUCUUGACGUCAGGUGUAUGCAAGUUCUUGCAAUACUGCCCGCUAGUUUACGACGCAUUGUUAGUCGGAAACUUACCCAUUACGUGCGGAUUUGUAGGUUUUGAGCCGAUAGUCUGUUGCCCGACAAACAAUGAAAACGGAAAGGAUAUCACCACGGAAAGGAUAAUGUCAAAACUAACCACAAGCUCCACCGAAAGAAUAAACACGCAGACUUUGAUAUUCGACAACACCAGAGGAUCAUUAGCGCGAGCAAAAUGUGCGGAAAAUGCAGAAGUUGCUUUUGAUUUGGAAUUAUCAGCUGCGAAGGCCGGUCCUAUGAAACCAAUGGAAGACACCAUGCUAUCAUUCAUAUUUGUCGUCGGAGGUAAGAAUGCUGAGCCGAAAGAAUUUCCACACAUGGCAGCCAUCGGAUUUGAAAAUGAAAAAAAUGAGAUACUGUGGCUAUGUGGUGGUAGUUUGAUUUCCGAUAGAGUGGUACUGACAGCGGCUCAUUGUACUUUUAACCAAAACUGGGGAGUCGCGAAGUGGGCACGAGUCGGUGACCUGAAUCUAGCGGAGACAAAUGACGAUGCAAUGCCGCAGACUAUCAGAAUCGUCGAAAGAAUACUGCAUCCUGAUUAUAAAAAACCGUCGCAGUACCACGAUAUAGCCAUAGUAAAGUUAGAAACCCCGAUUACUUAUACUGUAUGGGCCAGGCCAGCAUGUCUUCCGGUUGACUUACCUGAUAUUGGUUAUGGUGGUGCAGCAGUUGCUACUGGAUGGGGACGUCUUGAUUGGGCCGACGAACAGGGCUCCGACCAUUUGCAGAAAGUGAUACUCAGUUUGGUUCCGCAGCAGUCUUGCAAUGAAAGUUUUUUCGAUGCAGAUAGUACUAUUAGCUUCGCACGAGGCAUUGUUGAUGAAUGGCAAAUAUGUGCAGGAGAUGAAGGAAAAGAUACUUGUCAGGGUGACAGCGGAGGGCCUCUGACUGUUUUUAACCCCGUUCAUAACAAUACACAUAACAUAAUUGGUAUUACGAGUGUGGGACGAGUAUGCGGAAGCAUCGUACCUGCUGUGUACACUCGAGUCUAUCACUACAUCCCCUGGAUAGAAAGAGUAGCAUGGCCGGAAUAUUUCAAAAAUCAGUAAUCAGUAAAAUUAAGAAUUAACCUUUAAAUAUACAGACAAGAAACGGACCAAUAAAUUUUAGCACAGUUUUCUGCAUAUCUUUCAAUAGCGAUAAAUCAGCCAAAAAUCAUCGUAUUGAUAUGAAAUAAGACUCAAAUUAAAGCUUGGACAUUUCUUGUCAACAACCAAAAACCUAAAAGUGGAUUAUAAUAAACGUUUUACAAAAUAGCGGA